AUGGUACAUAAUCCUCAAUUCAAGUCCUCUUCACCAGGUAAAGAUUGUGAAUCAAUUGCAGAAGCAUUCCCUCCAAGAAGCAGGUACUCUGGACUAACAAGAAGAGUGUACUGUGUGCCCCUGAUAUUCUGGUUGAUCGCUGGAACCGUCGCUUCUAUCGGACUGAUAUGUGGACUCUCAUUGUUUCUGUUGAACGGUACCCGGGAAGUGGCCAUCAAGCACGAACAGAAUGUCAUCAAAGCGCAAACUGGAGAGCUUAUGGGAGACACAAUGCAUCGGAUUAAACACAUAAAUGAGAUGCCAGAAGCAUCAUCAUCAACGCUGGAAGCAAUCCUACCAACGAGUUAG